AACAGCUCCAUUUGAAAUUUUUGAGUGUUCUGAUUGUGUGCAGAAGAAAAACAGGACUAAUUCUUCUAUAUCUCAAUUGUAUGUAGGAAAAAUGUCAUCAAGCUACUAUGAUAUUGAUAAAAUAUAUCCUCCUCUCUCUCCAAUGUCCUUCUAUCCUGAGGAUUAUUCCAACCCAAUUUUCCCUGAUCUUACCUUUGAUAACAUAGACCAGAUAAUCCAAGCUCCAUCCCAACCCCCACCAGAUGCAUCCUUUGAUAAUGCAAUGUUGACCAUAGAUAAUAUUGCACCCCAAGAAACUGGAAGCCCUAUUUCACAUCCAUCAACAUAUCAACUUGUGGAUCAAACUUUUAAAGAAUUGUUCUCUGGAACUAGUGAAGCAAGCAGUAGCAAACCUAGAAGUGUCCAAAGGAAGCAAAAUGUAGACAAUGAAACUAGUCAUGAGGAAGAAAAUACAAGGAAGGAACAAAAGAAAGGAUCGUGCAAAAGGUUUAAGGAGACAAUAGUUAAGAGAAUCGAUAAUAAAACCUAUCGAGGAGUUACCUGUUGUGUUAAUGGAAGGUUUGAAGUAUUUGUGUGGGAUAACACCGCUCCAAGGCCCAAGACAGGUGGGUUUAUUAACAAAAAGACAGCAGCUAAGGCUUAUGAUUUGGCUGCUCUCAAGAUAUAUGGCGAUGUGGCAUCUCUAAAUUUCCCGAUGAGAGAUUAUAAGAAGGAAAUUGAAGAGAUGAGGUAUUACUCAAAACAAGAGUAUAUUGUCACCAUAAGAAGGAACAAUUCUGAUAAAUGGCAAGCAAGGAUUGGAAAGGGCACGUCUGCUGAUGGAAUUUACCUUGGAACCUUUGAUACUGAAGAAGGAGCAGCUAGAGCAUAUGAUAUUGCAGCCAUUAGGAUCAGAGGAAAAAAUGCUGUUCUCAAUUUCGACACAAGUGAGUACGAUCUCAAGAGCAUUUAUGAAAGUGCAAAGCUACCAAUUGGGAAAGGUGCUUCGAAGCAGGUGAAGCAGUUCACUGUUGACGUUCUUCACAAAAGAUUAUAUCCAAAACUUAUCUCAUGCCAAUCGCCAAAUAGCCCCGACAACCUUCGUGCCUCUCCACCACCCCUAUCCUCCGGACAGCACCAAACCUUAACAGAUUCUGUCCUGCCAACAAACCCUAACCCAAAUGAUAUCUUAUUCAGUUAUGAUGAUAUCGACAAAUUCUUAUAUACUGAUGACUUUCCAAGUCAUAUGGAUCAAAACCCUGGCUCUUCUCAAUCUCGUGGCAUCUCUCAAUCUCAUGGCAUCAAAAACCAUAAUCCUGGAACAGGCCAUACUUCACAUGGCAUCUCUCAAUCUCAUGCCAUCAAAAACCCUAAUCAUGGAACAGGCCAUACUUCAUGCGAUAAUGGGAAUUUUAUGUCAACGUCUAAUGGCAUCAAAAACCCCAAUCUUGGAACAGGCUAUACUUCAUGUGGCAUCUCUCAAUCUCGUGGCAUCAAAAACCCUAUUCUUGGAACAGGCCAUUCUUCAUGUGAUAUUGGGAAUUUUAUGUCAACGUCUCAUGGCAUCAGAAACCCCAGUCUUGAAACAAGCCAUACUUCAUGUGAUAUUGGGAAUUUUAUGUCAACGUCUCAUGGCAUCAAAAACCCCAAUCUUGGAACAGGUCAUACUUCAUGUGGCAUUUCUCAAUCUCAUGGCAUCAAAAACUUUAUGGGGAUUCCGACUGUGAGGGAGAGUGGACAGACUUCUUCAGGAGGCAACAGUUAUGUCAACUUCUUCGGCAAAGAACCGGCUAUGGAACCAUCGUCGAUAAGGAACAGCGAAGAUGAUGGUUAUGUUCCUUAUUCUUGGUUGGACAUAUACUUGAUGAACAAUGGUUUCUAAUUAAUAUUAAACUCUGGAAAAGGUCCAUAGGGAGAUAAGGGUUGAGACUUCAUGAGUGUAUGUAUAUAUGUGCCAGCGAUGUGCAAGUAAAGCAACCUAGUUAAUAAGUUUUUUUAUUGUGU